AUGGCAGCCUUGGAGACUCAAGAUGAGUCUUCCAAGGACCGGUCGUCCGAACCCAUGCUAGAUGUCGAGCAUUGGGGUCCCGGCCUGGACAUGUCUGGGCUCGAUGGGUUGACGUUGUAUGAGAAGAAGUGCGUGUUGGUGAAUCGAGAGAUUGAUCACCAGGGCAUGGGAAAAUACCAGUGGUACAUCUGGGGCCUCUGUGGCUUCGGAUAUUUCCUUGACUUGCUCUGGGCGCACGCCUUUGGCCUGGUCCUCAGUCCGCUGCAGCAGGAAAUGGGCUUCGGGAACGACGAGUCGGGCAACAUCUCCGUCUGUUUCAACGCUGGACUCACGGCCGGUGCCUUUUUCUGGGGAUUCAUGUCUGACAUUGUUGGCCGCAAGUGGGCGUUCAAUCUGACGUGCCUCUUCUCCUCGAUAUUUGGUCUCUGCCUCGGUGCAUCGCCGAAUUACCUGACCUUCCUCGUCCUGACAGCUUUCGUCGGCUUUGGCGUCGGUGGCAACAUUCCCAUCGAUACGUCCAUCACCCUGGAAUUCAUUCCGCAAAAUAAGCGCUUCUUAUUGGCGUGCCUGUCGGUAUUCCAGCCUCUGGGUGUCGUUGUCUGCAGUGCCAUCGCCUUUGGAUUCAUUCCCGUAUACUCCUGCUCGCCCAACUUUUCUGAGAAAGGCGCGCUGAAAAGCUGCAAGAAUGUCGCAGAAGGUGUCGAGUGCUGCUCCAGGGACAACAACAUGGGGUGGCGGUACCUGCUCUUCACCCUGGGCGCCGUGACCGUCUUCAUCUUCUUCCUGCGCUAUUUCGUCUUUCACUUCCGCGAGACGCCCAAGUUCUUGAUCUUCAAGGGCAAGGACGCCGAAGCGAUACAGGUACUGGAGCACAUGGCCAAGACCAACAAGCGCGAAUGUCGUCUGAGCUUGGAAGUCUUUGAGGCCAUGCAGAGCGAGCACGACUCCAUCAACAGUGCAUCCACCGAUUCCAGCAGCCAUCCCGUGCUGGGAGGGGGUGCCAAGCAGCUGCACAGCAACUGGAAGAAGAAGAGCGUGCUUGAGCUGGACCGAUACAAGAUGCUUUUCGACGGGUUCCAGAUGUCGCGGCUCACCAUCCUGGUGUGGCUGACCUACAUCAUGGAUUUCUGGGGCUUCACAGUGGCUGGUUUCUAUCUGCCGCGCAUCCUGGCCUUGAAGAACGGAGCGGCCGAGGUGAGCCUCACCACGACGUAUGCUGCGUAUAUCUACACCUACGCGCCCGGCAUUGUCGGUGUCCUGUUCGGUGCUUGGAUGUACAAGGUGCCCUCGGUUGGUCAGAAGUGGACAAUGGUCAUCUCCUCUGGGUUGAUGGGCGCGUCUAUCAUUCUCUUCUCGACUGUCGAUACGGUCGCAAAGAACCAGGGCAUCUUCGCCAUGGAGUACUUCUUCCAGAGCAUGUUCAAUGCUGUCCUGUACGGAUGGACCCCUCAGGCGUUCCCUGCGCCCGUUCGCGGCACAGCGUGCGGAGUGGCCAGCUUCUGGGGUCGCCUCUUUGGCAUUGUCAGCCCCUUGAUCGCGCAGUCGCUGUACGGACGUGGGGAGAGCGCGGAUGGCGAUAUCAACAGCGUGCUGUACCUGGCUGGAGGGGUUACUCUGGGUUGCGUGAUCACAACGGCCUUGUUGCCGAACAAGCUGAUGGAGACGAAGGAUGAGCGGUCAUAG